UGAGAAUCCAACUGUAGGAGAUCCAAGCAGCCAAAAGCACUGCAGGAGAUUAAAGAAGUCCGGAAACUGCGAAGGAAAUGACCCAAAGAACUGUCUCAAUAUCAGUCUUGCAACACUUCCCAUGAAUUGGAUACUAUGCAAUGAUAAAUUAUUGUCGCGGCAGUACGACAGCUUCAGUCUCAAGCAUUUCAAUCAGACCCAAGACCCUAAGUUAAACGAGAUACCAAGCCUUUUGCAAGGAGGAGCAUGUCAACAGAAGUAAUAAAGAAGCAGCAGAUGGCGUAAUACAUUUGGACCUUCAAAAAGUCUGUGACAAAGUCCCUCGCAAAAGACUCUUAAAGUAACUAAAGUGUCCAAGGUUUCAUUCCUGUCAUUUUCCAAGGAAAAAAGGAUGGCUGCCACUCUAGGAAUUUUUUCCAUGUUUUUUUGCGUUAUGUUAUUUCCUACGUUGCAUGCUGACAUUGUGUAUACAGGGUCGAAUUCAUCAUCCUCACCCAUUGCCAACUUGACGUUGAAUCCUGGAAAACUAAAGCUUACCUGGGACAGCAGUCUCAAUGAUACUGAAUACAGGUGUUCUAUGCAUGUAGGCGAGAGUAAGCAAACUGAGAAAAAGGUGUACAAUAAAACCUGCACGUUUAGCAGAGCCAAUGCUAAUCCUAUACAUAAGGGGGCAUUAUUCAAAGUUCAAGCAAUGUACAACAACAUUUCAUAUUCAGCAGAAGCAAGAUUCAUUCCUCAAGGCAUGAAUGGAACAUCUGUUGAAAAUUUCUCCUGUGUGAUUUACAACAUUUCCUUCAUGAAUUGCACUUGGAAGGCUGGCAGGAAUGCUCCAGAAGAUACCCAAUAUUUUCUUUUCUUUCAAUACUCAAAGGAAGAAGAUGAACAAGAAUGUCCACGUUACAUAAGAGAUGCACUUGGAAGACCUAUCGCAUGCAGUUUUCAAAAUGUGACAGACAUUAAAGAGAAAGUUUACUUCCUGGUGAAUGGGUCGAGCAACGAAUCGGAGAUUCGGUUUUAUGAUGAGUACAUCACACUAUAUGAAAUAGAAAUACUCACUCCUCCAUUAAAUAUCACAGUAAACUGUUCUGAAGACCAAGCAGGGUGUAUAGUGCGAUGGAAACGGCCCCAGCCAAGCCACAUGGAAGGAAAUGUAGAUCACUGCUUUGAGUAUCAAAUUGACAUUCGAAAUAAGAAUGCUAUUGCCAAUCCCAAGGAAAGCAGCAAUGAGUGUCCUACGGUAACAGGAACAAGCUACAUAUUUCCGAAUUACAACAUGAAAAAAAAGUACACCUUGCAAAUCAGAGCAAAGGGAGAUUUAUGUCUCGUAAGCCAGAAUUGGGGGGAAUGGAGUGAGCCCAUUGAGUUUGGUGACCAUGAAUGAUUUCACUCUCCUGAGGCUGACACAGAAAGAUAAAGACCGAAUGUUGCAUGAAUUGGACCAAAACCCAGGACCAUUCGCUGCCAUGCUUUGUGCUGCAAUGAUUCCAGACCACUUGCUACUGGCUUGGCGUGGUAAAGUAUCCUACCGUGGAGGACGAAAUAAGGCAGCCCUCCCCAGAAACCUUCUGCAAAGGCUUUCAGAGUACCUCCAGGAGAGCUUCAUGGAGAUGUCCCUGGAGGAUUCCCGCUCCAUCCCCAGACACGUUAACAGACUUUUCCAUUAGCUGUACUGGCCGCAAAUGCAUCCCAAUUGUUCAGGGGAAAUCAAACAUUAAACACAAUUGCUUUUAA